GGCAGGGCGCUGGACCGACAGCCGAACCCAAGAAGCUGCCCCAGAGCCACAACAGCCCCAGGCACGCCGCCGACGGCGCCAUGCGCCUGUAUGUGGAGGCCGCGGGCCGCACGGUCCCCCUCGACGUGGGACGACGGACGGACGCGGCGUCUGUACUGCGCAAACUCCGGAGGCGACGGAUACGCUGCGAACGACUAAGUAUAAGAGGCCGGCCCUGGCAAACACAGGAAACCGUGCACCACCUCAACCUCCAACCGAACGACACGAUACAAGGCUUAGGACGGUUAAGAGGCGGCUGCCUCGAGCACCAGCUCAAGCUCUACAUGCGCUGCGUGCACCUCUUCAAGGUCCUCAUCGCGUUCUACAUGUUCUGCAUGGGGGCUGGGAUAUUGUCUGAUCAAUCCAUCCACCGAGCGUACGGUUCCGUCUACAUCUUUUACGGACUUGUGGUCUUCGUGCUCUCACUCCUAAAGCCGUGCAACAUCGCCCUCGGGCAUUAUGGGUCGUCGCGACACAACAAGUGCGCUUUGUUAAUCAUUCUGCUGUUCGAUGGAUUUGCGAUUUUUGUGCAAUUAAUAAUCGCGGGUUUUUUCCUGGCCGACGGCCGGUACGAGUUGUAUGGAGAGAAUAGUAUCACGGGUCGGAGGAUGGACGGCUGCAAAGGGGCUACUUGUACGGAGGAGGAAAGUCGCAAGCUGCGCGCGGAUUGUAAUCGGGUCCAAGUGCCCGAAGAAUCCGUGUAUAGUAAGAGAGACUGCGACGCCUAUUGGGGGUCGGACCGGACGGCGGGCUUUCGGUUGGCGUGGCUGGCCGAGUACUCGCAGGCCAUCCGGUAUGGGGGCGACGAAGGAAAAAAAAUGGCUCUGGACGACCUGCAGGGCAAGGGCAUGUGCUGCGGCUUCGCGCCGCCCGACAGUUGUGAUCGCAUCGAGAACGAGGACGAGUAUCCCUGUUCGGGCGGGUUCGAGUUCUCGGGCCGCGCGCUCAGUUGCGAGGGCGUCGGGCGCGACAUGCUGAAGCAGCGCGUCAAGUGCUCGCCGAAACUCGCGAACUGGUAUCCUUUGGACAAGACGUUCAAGGACGAGGCGCCCUGCCAGGCCUACGCCGACGGCGAGACGAAGACGGAGAAGGAAAAUUCUCUCGGCUGCCGCACGGACUGGGGCACGGGUUUGUGCAACACGUGGGAGGUGACUCCCGACAGUACGGGCUGCGCCGUGCGUAUCUCGGCGUCCCGUCGUGUCCAUGAGACUCGUGUCCAUGAGACGAGGCCGGGGCUGGUUUCUUUUCCGAUUUUGAGAUGCUCCGCGCAGGUCUAUUACGAAGGGCUCAUGAACGGCAAGCUCUACCCGAACGGCUGGAUGCUGCUGGCGACGGUCGGCGUCGAAGGCAUGACGAUCAUCAUCGCCUGUUUUUACUGUUGGAAGCGGAAAGAUCAUGAUGUGUUAUCCACAGCAUAUAUCUACGAGGAGCCCUGGGACCCGGUCAAGGAGGGGAAAUUGCACGUCGGUUUGCAGGAGGCGGAAGCCAUGGGCGGCAAUGACGACGACUUCUAAUUUGUUCU